GUGGUGAUCAAGUCGAGCUUCAAGCCGUCGCUGCUGGCGCAGAAGAUCGAGGUGCGCAUCCCGACGCCGCUCAACACCUCCGGCGUGCAGUUGAUCUGUAUGAAGGGCAAGGCCAAGUACAAGGCCUCGGAGAACGCCAUCGUCUGGAAGAUCAAGCGCAUGGGCGGCAUGAAGGAAUCGCAGAUCUCGGCCGAGGUGGAGCUGCUGCAGACCGACAACAAGCGGAAGUGGACCCGACCGCCCAUCUCCAUGAACUUCGAGGUGCCGUUCGCGCCGUCCGGCUUCAAGGUGCGCUACCUCAAGGUGUUCGAGUCCAAGCUGAACUACUCAGACCAUGACGUCAUCAAAUGGGUGCGCUACAUCGGCCGCAGUGGGCUCUACGAGACCCGCUGCUAGCGUCGCGUCCGCGGCGCCGCAGGCCACACAGCAGCGCAGGACCGAGCCGAGAGGCGGCGGCGU